AUGGCCGCUAAGUCAGACGGGAGGCUGAAGAUGAAGAAGAGCAGCGACGUGGCGUUCACCCCGCUGCAGAACUCGGACAAUUCGGGCUCGGUGCAAGGACUGGCUCCCGGCUUGCCGUCGGGGCCCGGAGCCGAGGACGCGGAGGCGACUGGGGGCGGCUGCUGCCCGGACGGCGGCGGCUGCUCGCGCUGUUGCUGCUGCUGCGCGGGGAGCGGUGGCUCGGCGGGCUCGGGCGGCUCGGGCGGCGGCGGCCCGGGCAGCGGGGCGGGCUCGGCGGCGCUGUGCCUGCGCCUGGGAAGGGAGCAGCGGCGCUACUCGCUGUGGGACUGCCUCUGGAUCCUGGCCGCCGUGGCCGUGUACUUCGCGGACGUGGGAACGGACAUCUGGCUCGCCGUGGACUACUACCUGCGCGGCCAGCGCUGGUGGUUUGGGCUCACGCUCUUCUUCGUGGUGCUGGGCUCGCUCUCUGUGCAAGUGUUCAGCUUCCGCUGGUUUGUGCACGAUUUCAGCACCGAGGACAGCGCCACGGCCAUGUCCUCCAGCUGCCAGCAGUCUGGACCGGAUUGCAAGACAGUGGUCAGCGGUGGGUCUGCAGUUGGGGAAGGCGAGGCUCGCCCUUCUACACCGCAGAGGCAAGCAUCCAACGCCAGCAAGAGCAACAUCGCCGCCACCAACAGCGGCAGCAUCAGCAACGAGGCCACCCGGACCAGCAGCAAACACAGGUCUGCGUCCUGUUCCUUCUGCAUCUGGCUUCUGCAGUCCCUCAUCCACAUCUUGCAGCUCGGGCAAGUCUGGAGGUAUUUGCACACAAUCUACUUGGGGAUUCGGAGUCGGCAGAGCGGGGAGAGCGGCAGGUGGCGGUUCUACUGGAGGAUGGUGUAUGAGUAUGCCGAUGUGAGCAUGCUGCACCUGCUCGCCACCUUUCUGGAGAGUGCUCCGCAGUUGGUCCUGCAGCUCUGUAUCAUUGUACAGACCCACAGCUUACAGGCCCUCCAAGGUUUCACAGCGGCAGCCUCCCUUGUGUCCUUGGCGUGGGCCCUAGCCUCCUACCAGAAGGCUCUCCGAGACUCCCGAGAUGACAAAAAGCCCAUCAGCUACAUGGCCGUCAUCAUCCAGUUCUGCUGGCACUUCUUCACCAUCGCAGCCAGGGUCAUCACGUUCGCCCUCUUCGCCUCGGUGUUCCAGCUCUACUUCGGGAUAUUCAUCGUGCUCCACUGGUGCAUCAUGACCUUCUGGAUUGUCCACUGUGAGACGGAGUUCUGCAUCACCAAAUGGGAAGAGAUUGUGUUUGACAUGGUAGUGGGCAUCAUCUACAUCUUCAGUUGGUUCAAUGUCAAGGAAGGCAGGACACGCUGCAGGCUGUUCAUUUACUAUUUUGUAAUCCUUUUGGAAAACACAGCCUUGAGUGCCCUCUGGUACCUCUACAAAGCUCCCCAGAUUGCGGAUGCCUUUGCCAUCCCGGCACUGUGCGUGGUUUUCAGCAGCUUUUUAACAGGUGUUGUUUUUAUGCUGAUGUACUAUGCCUUCUUCCACCCCAAUGGGCCCAGAUUUGGGCAGUCACCAAGUUGUGCUUGUGACGACCCUGCUACUGCCUUCUCUCUGCCUCCAGAAGUGGCCACAAGCACACUACGGUCCAUCUCCAACAACCGCAAUGUUGCUGGCGACCGCGACCAGAAAUUUUCAGAGAGGGAUGGAUGCGUCCCUGUGUUUCAGGUGAGACCAACUGCACCACCCACCCCGUCAUCUCGACCGCCACGGAUUGAAGAAUCAGUCAUUAAAAUUGACCUGUUCAGAAAUAGGUACCCGGCGUGGGAGAGACACGUGUUGGACCGGAGCCUGAGAAAGGCUAUUUUAGCAUUUGAAUGUUCCCCAUCUCCUCCAAGGCUGCAGUACAAGGACGAUGCCCUUAUUCAGGAGAGGCUGGAGUAUGAAACCACUUUAUAA